GCCCUCACACCCCGCCCCUUCCGCUUCUCGGGCAGACUUUCCUGCCGCUGGGCCGCCCAGCUGAGCCCCUCACUCGCCGCGUCUUCGCGAUUCUGCCCGACGCGCCCCACUCUCGCGACAUCAUGGUGGCCUACUGGCGACAGGCUGGACUCAGCUACAUCCGAUACUCCCAGAUCUGUGCAAAAGCAGUGAGAGAUGCACUGAAGACAGAAUUCAAAGCAACUGCCGAGAAGACUUCGGGCAGCAGCGUAAAAAUUGUGAAAGUAAAAAAAGAAUAAUCCACCCUGACUUGAAAUACUACAUUUUCAAGGUGAAGAUGUGUGGGCACAUGUUAUGGCAGAUUGAAAACGAUCUCACUAAAUGGGGAAAAAAAAAUACCUGUCUUGUUCAUAAAUUGACAAUGCUAAUAAAUUGGAGUGUGGUUCACUCUUA